CACAAAAAACCAAGAGAGCUUGGUCAUCAAGUCUUGUUGGAUUAUACAAUAGGUACUACUGAGAGCUAGCCAUGGCUUUGGAAGGCCUUGUAGACUGGAAGGGACAGCCGGUUAACCCAAAGCGGCAUGGUGGGAUGAAAGCCACCAUGUUCAUCCACUUCCUUGUUGUGAUGACAAACAUUGGAAACAUCCCGAUGCUGUUGAACGUCGUGAGCUACUUGCAUGGCACGAUGCACAUGGGCAUCGCCGACGCCUCCACCACCGCCACCAACUUGUAUGGAGCAAUCUGCGUCUUCACCUUGUUUGGUGCUUUCAUCUCCGACUCCUACAUCAAACGCUUCUACACCAUCCUCAUCUUCGCCCCCAUCGAGAUUUUGGGUUACAUGCUGCUAGCAUGCCAAGCACACUUCCCGUCGCUGCACCCGCCGCCGUGCGACAUCACCAACCACCCCGACGAGUGCACGGCGGUGAGCGGCCGGAACCUGGGCCUGCUGACCCUGGGCCUGUGGGUGAUCCCGCUGGGCGAGGGCGCGGUGCGCGUGUGCGCGGCGGCGCUGGGCGGCGACCAGUUCGACGGCGGCGACCCGCGGGAGCUCCGCGGCAAGAUCAGCUUCUUCAACUGGUUCGCCUUCUGCAUCUCGCUGGGCGGCCUCGUGGGGCUCGUCUUCGUGGUGUGGGUGCAGAACAACGAGGGCUGGGACCUCGGCUUCGUGCUCUCCGCGCUCGCGGCGCUCCUCGGCGCCGUCGUCCUCCUCGCCGGCCUGCCGUUCUACCGGCACCAGGAGCCCACGGGGAGCCCCCUCACCAGAAUCCUUCAGGUUUUUGUGUCUGCUUUUCGGAAGAGGAAUCUUCCAGUGCCUGAUAAUUUGAUGGAGAUGCAUCAUGCUGCUGAAGGAACAUGUACAAGCAUCGAAGUGCUGGAGAGAACUUCAGGCUUCAAGUUCCUUGACAAGGCUGCCGUGGACGACGGCGACACCCGGCGGUGGUCGCUGUGCACGGUGACGCAGGUGGAGGAGGCCAAGAUCAUCCUCCGCAUGCUGCCCAUCUUCCUCAGCUCCGUCCUGGGCUACCUCCCGAUCCCGCUGCUCCUCACCUUCUCCGUGCAGCAGGGCGGGACCAUGGACACCCGCCUCGGCGGCACCAGUAUCCCGCCGGCGAGCCUGUUCGUGAUCCCCGUCGUGUUCCAGAUGGUGAUCCUGGUGGCGUACGACCGCGCCGCGGUGCCCCGGCUGCGGCGCGCGACGGGCUACGCCGGCGGCAUCACGCCCCUGCAGCGCAUCGGCGCCGGGUUCGCGUCCAGCGUCGUGGCGCUCGCCGCGGCCGCCGCGGUGGAGGCCCGCCGCAGGGGCUCCGCCGCCGGGAGGAUGUCGGUGUUCUGGCUGACGCCGCAGUUCUUCCUGCUGGGCGUGAUGGACGUCACCUCCUUCGUGGGCCUGCUCGAGUUCUUCUACAGCGAGGCCUCCGCCGGCAUGAAGUCCAUCGGCGGCGCCGUGUUCUUCUGCGUCCUCGGCGCCGCGUCGUGGCUCGGGAGCUCCCUCAUCCGGGUGGUCAACCGCGCCACCGCUCGCCGCGGCGGGUGGCUGGGCGGCGCCAGCCUCGACGCCGGCCGCCUCGACCUCUUCUACUGGCUGCUCGCGCUCUUCGGGCUCGUAUCCUUGGCGCUCUACGUGUUCUGCGCGUGGAGCUACACCUACAGGCACGAUCCGAGGAUGCAGUCGACGGAGGAUGACAGGGUGUCCCCGGCGGCCAUGAAGCAAGCUGCCGUCUGACGACAGCCUGACGUGCUGCAAACGAGUCCUGAAACUAAACUGAUUUUGGUGGGUAUAGCUUCACCAAAUAAGCACUACUCCCUCCAGUCAAAAUUUAGUUGUCAUCGUUUCAGAAGAUCAAAAUGGGCUGCAUGUAGUUGUAUUUUUCUGAAAAAACGUCAAGUAAUCCUAACUGGAGGAAGUAAGGUUAGGAUAAGCCCAAGAGAGAACUCACUCGUGGUGGUGGUUACGAAGAGUGUUGGACACGUAGCUGCUUGCGUUGCGUUGCGUUGCGUCGAGAAGAGUCGUUUCCAAUCACCGAAUCACGUCAUUACCAUGUUGAACUUAACCAUUCAACAUACUACUGCAGUGAUGAAGUGAGAAGCAACAGCAGAAAGCUCGCUUUUAAUUAGCGAGUCCUUUUCAGAAGACAUCCGUUUGUUUGGCUCAACGAAAUCGGCCUUCAUUCUCCGAUUGCAUUACAAGUUGAGCAGAAGCCCAA